GUUUAACACCAGGAAGUUGUAAACAAAGCUGACAGCUAUUCAGUUGUUAGCUGUGUAGCAGAGCCGUUGCUCGGCCAGUUAUGUAAAGUAGGCUCGUUGUUCGCUUAAAUCGUUAAUCUAUUAGGUACGCAGUGUACCGUAAUUAUUUUAGAGCGAGAUACUCUCGCGGAAAUACAUUCUUAGUGCGUUUGCUCAACAAGCUAACAUUAGCUGCUUUCUGUUUUCUCAUUAGGGAAACGCUAUCGUUGCACAAGGACGUUGCAGCUAGCGUUGACGUCUGCGACGCUAACGUCAAUUUAGUUCUUAAUACUAAUAUCGCAGACUGACCGGAUAAGUAGUUCGGUGGACGACUCGCGUGUUUUGUUGUGUUUCUCCGCUGCAUUCGCUGUCAGAGAACGGGCGAGCGAAUUCGUCCAUUUUAGCAGGAGGAAAACAAUGUCUACGUCCAACGCAAAUUUCAAAAACAAGUGUGUGACACAGGUGAACUGCGUCUUCUGCGACAGUCUGCUCUGCACGAGAGGAAUGAAAGCGGUGCUUCUUGCGGACACUGAAGUGGAGCUCUUUUCAACGGAUAUACCCCCCAAUAGGACUGUUGACUUUGUGGCCAGCUGCUACACCACUGAAAGCUGCAAGUGCAAACUGAGAGACAUUGCGUGUCUCAAGUGUGGUAAUGUUGUGGGCUAUCAUGUCGUGGCCCCAUGUAAACCCUGCCUGCUCUCCUGCAACAAUGGCCAUUUCUGGAUGUUCAACAGCGACGCGGUUUCAACUCUCAACAGACUGGAUGUGACCGGCCUGAACCUGCUCCUGUGGGGAGAUCUUCCAGAGUUGGAAGACAGUGAGAACGAAGAAUCAGAAACCCCAUCAGAGGAGGAGUGCAUCAGGUAGAGAGGGAUGUGUGCAACAACAUUUGAGGUGGAGCUUCAAAACCUACGCUGAGAUGAGAGAGAAAUGAGAAGCUUUUAAAGGGGUCAUUGAUCACUGAAUCACAAAAGGCAGAAAAAGGGCCACUGUAUUGCUCUGCAUGGGUCAAAAAUAAAAUAUUAAACCAUGCUGCACUUCAGUCCAUAUCCCACACUGUGAGGUCACAGCAGGUGUUUUGCCUUUUCAGCUCAUGGAGAACACCUGCUUUGACAUCACUGGCUAAGCCAACAUCCACAAACGGUCUCCAUAGUUUUAAACUUUGUGUUUUUGGCUCUUUGUAAUUCAGUGGUGAAUUAUCCUUUCUACUGUGACCAUGCAUUUUCUCAUCAUCAUUUUUCAUCACUGUCAAAAGCACAGACACACACACUGUCAUACAUUCUUCUCUUUCUCUCUCUUUUUGUAUAUUUGCGUGAGCUAUUCUAAAAUGUGUGGCUGAAGUAGACAGAAAACAAAAGCAACAACAGCUAGAGCCUUUAAUCUAGUGCGUUUGACUUUUCAUCACUUUCCACUGAUCUUUUUGAUUGGCCUCACGAGAAGUUUGAGGUAUAAUAAGUCAGUGGAACUUAGUGUACCAGCGAAUGCUGUGCUUUUGCCGUUGUUUACGCCAAGUCCACUUUUCUAACAAGAUGACCACAAUUCACUUACUUUCCUUUAAAUGACAGAUCCACUGUGAUCUGUACAUCGACUAUGCUGUAAUAAGCAUUUACUCCCAUUGGCAGUCAUGUCUUAAAAGGCUUGUAUUUUGUCUGUGUGGCUGGGUGCUGACGUGAGUGCUGUUUUGAAUCCCAUGUACUGGAGAAAUGGCACAAAUAUUGAACUAUAUAUACAGUACAAAUAUAUAAUAUAAUAUUUAUGAGUUCCUUGCUGUUUAAGGGCAUAUUUGAAUUUGUUGACCUUGCAAUCUGACAUACUAUAUAACUAUGUUUUUGAUAUAAUAAUAUGUUUGUUAUACACCUGACGGCAGCAGUAUGUGUCUAACACCCAGAUGAAUCUGACUGUAGCAUUGUGUGAUGAUAACAUGCAAACUUAUGCAUUUUGUACUUUUUUUCAUGCGAUAUUUAAAAAAACAAACAAAAAAAAAGGUACUGGAUCAAUGAUUUUGAAGAACUAGAAUGGAAAUAGCUGUACUUUCAUGUCACUCCACAGCUUUUUUUAAUGUGGGUUAUUGAGCAAAAUUAUGAAUUAGGAAGUGCAUUUCAGUGUUAAUUGGUUUCAUUUCACCACAGUUUUAUGCAGCAGCAUUAUUGUAGCACCUGUGGCAAAGGAAGAAAUAAAAUCAACUCCAUAGAAUCAUGGAACAUAUCAAUUAUUGAUCCCCCUCUGAUAAGUGAUUUUCUUCCAGUCUAUAAAAUAGCUUUUCCUAUUUUUGCUUCUUCAGUAUUACAUUGGCCUUAGCGCUGCUGUGAUUGCUGACAAAUGACCUUUGUUUAUCUGUGGACUCUGGGCUGAUGAUGUACGUUAGUUAGCUAGUUGGUCAUCACCAAAUGACCGGGCCUUUCUCAUCAGCUUGGUUUGCCAGAAUACAAGCUUCAGCAUCCUCCUCUCACAAAGAGCAUUAAGGCCAGAUCAGUCCUUUUUAUGGCAGUGCCAUCCUCAAGCUCUUGCUAUUAUAUCACUGCUGUGCCCUGCUAAAACAAUGAUCCGGUCUACCUGUGUUGUUGAAAAGCAUUGUAAAAAAAGAAGAAGCAAAUAUCGAAUGUUACCUGAAGGAAAAGGAUAAAGGAAGAUAGUGUUUUUAUUAAGUAUAGUUAUUGCAUUAGCCUGUUUAGUUUUGUAAAAACACACACAGAGAGGAUGAAAACAUUCUCGUCUUUCACCACUUUAGGUUAUAGCUGACAUGUCUGCUACACUUGCACACCAAAUACUGUCUUAUGUGGUAAACAGAUGGGACACAUUUCAUCAGCUAGGUAUUUAUUAAAUCUGCAAACCAAAAAAAUGUAACCACAUACUCUUUUUUCUUUUUCUUUUUUUUUUUACACACUUUGUUUACAAAUGCAUUGAUUUGUAUUGUGCUCCAGUACUUCUGUUUUGUAUUUAAUAUUUCAUUUGUGAUGUAGUGCUUGAAUUUGUUCUCUUUAAUGACUGGCUGGAUGUGUACAGUCUUACCUCAAGAGGGUAUCACCUGCAAGCUUCCUCUGGCUAGGACAAGUGUCAACGAUAAUCAAAAAGAGUUAUUUAAAAUGGCUGUUUCCUGACGUGAAUAACUUUGAUUAACAUGCCCUGCUGAAAAUGUAUAUUUUGGAAUUGCACUGAAACUGCAUCGGUAGUUUGAAAAAAAAUAAAUUAAAAAAAAUUGUU